UGUACUUGUGUUUUUGGAGAACCACUCCAGAUCACACCUGAACGCCUUUCCCCUGGAUCUUAUCACCAGGACGACAGUCUGGACCCGUGGCAGGGAGGAAGAUAGGGAAGCAAGACCAGCUUGUUCCGGUCCGGUUUGGUUCGGACUCUGACCAAGCCCGCGGCUGAAAGGAGUCUGAAGAAACAUCCCGGAUUUAGUGUGUGAUAACCCGACAAAACUGGAAGGCAGAGAUAGGUCGGAAAGGGGGUUCAAUCGGUGAGAAGUAUCUCAAGCAGGUGAGAUCUCGGGCGCCAACGUCCACAGCUUUCUCCUUGUCCCAGCCCUCUAGCCCUUGGCCCCGUCUUGGCUGAAAUGGCCCCCGACGGCCUUGCAGCGAUUGUGGCUCCACACACUGACCGCAGGCCUGGAUUUCGUUUCCCCGGCGGUUCGGAUCCUGGCGGCCCGCUUAAUUCGAACUACCCGAUCAGUGUCCAAAAGAGGAGUUGUACCCGGGCGGGGUUCCCUAGAGGGAAGCAUUGGGAGAGCUGAACUCUGGCUGGGAACCUGAAGAACAGGGGAAAUGGAAUAUAGGGCUAUAUCAGGUCGGGAAACUGAGAUUGGGAGACUCCUUAGCUAAGAUCACAAAGCAGCCGGCUCCCAGUUUCUCAAAACUGAGACACGAGCUGGGGAGAGGAGAAACGGGAGGCCCGGGAGUACAACCCUGUCUGGCCCUGUCAGGUCCCGAGACUAGAAACAUUUUGACUGGAUAGUGGUAAUAGACUUCUGUCAUCCGAUGCCUACUGGGGCAAUCGGAGGCAACAGUCAACCCAGGAAGACUGUGUGUGUUAUCUGUUUGUCUGUCUUCCGGUCUGCCUCUCUGUUUGUACCUAUCUCCCACUUCUCAUCCCCACCUCCCCUCAGUCCCACCUCCCCACCCCCUCGCCUCAACUAAGAAGUGCAGACUUGUAGCGGGUUUCAAGAGCAGUCUCUUUUCUCCAGCCCCGCUCCCAGAUUUCUAUGCUGGGAUAAACCUAGCCUGUGGUCCUGCCUCUCCCUCUGCCCUUCCCACAAGGGGAGGGGGGAGAGGGGAGAGGGAGGAGGACGACGACAACGACGAAGGUGAGGAGGGGGCUCCUUCUCCCCCCUCUCUCUCUCCUCGCUCUCUCCCUCUAGGUUUGUCGCUCCCUGGUAGAACAAGUCUAUCUUACAACGUCAGGGGGGUCAUUAAUAACCAAUUAGGAGGGUCACUGCGGCUCCUAUAAAGGGGCUGAGAAUUUGCCAAGUGGCAGACUGUUAGGUGUAGAGUAGCAAAAGACGAAAGCUCGCUUGAAAGCCCAUCUCCAAACACUGAUAAGCUCCAUAUAUAUUUAUAUCUCUCUCUAUAUAUUAUAUAUUUUACUCAGACUUGGCUAUCGACGCUAUCUUUUUCUUACACACUCUUUUCUUGCCCUCUUUUUUCUCGGCCACCUCCCUCCCUCCUCUUUCUCCUCCUCCUCUUCCUCCACCUCCUUCUUUUCCUCCUCCUCCUUCUCUUCUCUUGCUCUUCCCUCUCUUGCUCUCCCCCGAGCCCAUUGCCGUCUCGAGUGGCCAGAGAGGACGGGGUGGUUCAUGAUGGGCUCGGUGCUCCCCGCGGAAGCCCUGGUGCUGAAGACUGGCCUGAAGCCGCAAGGGCUAUCUCUGGCAGAGGUGAUCACCUCCGACAUCCUGCACAGCUUCCUAUAUGGUCGCUGGCGGAACGUGCUGGGAGAACAGCUCUUCGAAGAAAAGUCUCACCACGCCAAUCCCAAGACUGCCUUCACCGCAGAGGUCCUGGCGCAGUCCUUCUCCGGAGAGGUGCAGAAGCUGUCGAGUCUGGUGCUGCCAUCUGAAGUGAUCAUCGCUCAGAGCUCCAUCCCCGGGGAGGGUCUGGGUAUCUUCUCCAAGACUUGGAUCAAAGCAGGCACUGAGAUGGGUCCUUUCACAGGCAGGGUCAUCUCUCCCGAGCAUGUGGACAUCUGCAAGAAUAACAACCUGAUGUGGGAGGUAUUCAAUGAAGAUGGCACAGUUAGAUAUUUCAUUGAUGCAAGCCAAGAAGAUCAUCGAAGUUGGAUGACUUAUAUCAAAUGUGCCCGAAAUGAGCAAGAACAAAAUCUGGAGGUGGUACAAAUUGGCAACAAUAUCUUCUACAAGGCAAUUGAGAUGAUUCCUCCGGAUCAAGAACUGCUAGUUUGGUAUGGGAACUCCCACAAUACUUUCCUGGGAAUUCCCGGUGUCCCAGGGUUGGAAGAAGAACAGAAGAAGAACAAACAUGGACUUCCACCCAGUGGACACUGCCACCAACACUGCGGGCCGCAUGCGCUGCGUCAUCUGCCACCGGGGCUUCAACUCCCGCAGCAAUUUGCGCUCUCACAUGCGUAUCCACACCCUGGACAAACCCUUCGUCUGCCGCUUUUGCAACCGGCGCUUCAGCCAGUCCUCUACCCUCCGCAACCACGUCCGCCUGCACACUGGCGAGCGCCCGUACAAGUGCCAGGUGUGCCAGAGCGCCUACUCCCAGCUGGCGGGGCUGCGGGCGCACCAGAAGAGCGCCCGCCAUCGACCCCCCAAUGCCUCCCUGCAGGCCCACUCCCCCGCUCUGCCCGUGCCCCAUCCCACCUCCCUGGCAGCGCACCACAUCCCCACCAUGGUGCUGUGAGAUGCCCUGGCUGGCCUGCGGCGGGAGGCAUUGGAAACUGGCAUCGCGGCGCAGCAUUCCCUCCUAUCCUCUCCAUUCCUUCCUUCCCGAGAUCUGUGAAAGCUGACCUCUUGGAAUGGGAAGGGGAGUGCAGAGGAGGGGCUGGUUUCGUGAUUUGGUUUUAAGGCAGCUGAGUAAGUCCCUUCUCCCACUCAGCUUGCAUAGUUUGCAUACUGCCUCCUUCUCUCGGGAGCUUGGGGUGGAGGGGCAGAAGAAGGCGCCCUCAGUAUAUAUAUACAUAUAUGUUUUCUUCUUACAUCACCUUGGCCAUUCUUACAUCACUUUGGCCCUCGUAAGUCAAUCUGUAUCCUCUGCCCCUCACCUAGCUAUCCCCAGAUCGAAAGCCUGUGUGUGAGCCUUUUCCCUUCUCAGGAAGGGGGUCAGGAAGUGGGUGGGGGAAUGAGUGAGGGAACGAAAAGGAGAGGCCUUGCGCAAUUAAACUUAUCUGUUCCACUUCCCUCGGAACCCCCAGCUCUAAAAAGUUGUGAUCCCACGAAAAGGGACAGCUUGGUGGUGGGAGGCGAGGAGGGACGGCAGCGACAAACAGGGCGUUCUAUGAUUUCCCGGUGGCUUAUAUUCAGUCUGGAGGCCAAAGCAAUGCAAGUUGGGAUGGAAAUGGGGGUGGGAGUGAAGUUGGAAUCAGGAAUUUCUCCUUUCCCAAAACAAGGGAUCCCUCUGGUGUCUUUGAACCAGAUCUCUUCCUUCCCCUAUUUCCUCCCACCCUCAAGAUUAUUCUCAGGAAACAGAGAUGCAGGUCAGUUGGUUUUCGUUCAAGAACAGUGUCCUUGCUAAAGCUGCUCCCUGAUGGGGCCCAGAUCUGGCUGGGGCAAAGAUGGUGGGUAGAAGCUGGGAGGGCAGGCUUGAGACCAUUAGACUUUCUGGCCAAGAGAGGCAAGACUGGAUUUCAGGGUCCAUUGUUAGAACGAUCUGAUGUUAGGCUGUAUUCUCCCCUGAUUUGGACUACUAGAAACUGGAAGCCUAAAGGGAUUAUGGUAGAUCAGCCCAACUAUGUAUGAACAGAUUUGGAGGGGUAAGGUCAAGAGGUGUCCGCGCUGCUGAAUUUCCUCCUGCCCCCAAAGCCUCAUCUGAAUUAUCCUCAGGGGAGAAACGAGGGGGACUGGCAAUAGUGCUUUUGAGUCUCACCCCCUCCCUGGAAACACUUCCAAACAGCUGUGAAAUCCCUUGGGAAAACUAGGAGACCACUUCACCUGAUUCAGCAGUCCCAGCUCUCCAGAGACCCAACCACAUCUUUUCCCCUUUCUGCACCAUCUCCCUCCCCAAUUGCUCCUAAACUCCAGUAAUGAGCGCCCUCUAGUGUCUCCCACCCUACCCCAUAGUCAUUAACAAGUGACAAGUCCCUUAGGGUGUUUUGUAAAAUAAAAAAGCUAUAAUAAUAUUAAUGAAAAGUAUAAAGUGUAUAGAGUUUUCACAAACUGUGUUCUACUUCCAGGAAAUGGUCACUUUAACUUUGUAAAUAUUUAUCUAAAAUGAUAUUUACAAAACUUUGAUAUAUAUAUUAUUUGAUUGUAUAUGUAUGACUGUAAAUACAUUUGUACCUCUUGUAUUCUAAAAUAAAAAAAAUUACUUGGAACAUU